UAUUCCAGAUCAACUAAUGAUAAACAUUCUAUGACCAAGUUAAAUGCUCCUGUUCAUAUUGCAACUAUAACCAAACAACAAGAGGAAUCGAACAAAGAAGAUGGAAGUAUAUGGAUUGUAAAACCGGAAAAGAAAACAAAUGUCGAUCAGAAAAAACUUGAAAAAGCAAAUGAGAAAAUCAAACAAAAACAAGACAAGAAAGCAGACCAGCAGUUAAAACCUGCAACACCAGCCUUUUUAGCGGAAGCAUCAGCAAGUCAAGCAAUCAGUAGAAAAGAAACGAAAACCGAAUCAGCAGGACGUAAUAAAACAACCGAUAUUCACAUCGAAAAUUUCGAUAUUGCGUUUGGGAGCAAAGUUUUGUUUGAGGCGGCGAACCUUCAUGUUGCAUUCGGUCGUCGUUAUGGUUUAAUUGGAAGAAAUGGGAUGGGAAAGACGACUCUUCUUAAAAUGAUCUCAACAAAAAAUCUUUCGAUCCCGAAUCACAUCCGUAUCCUUCAUGUGGAGCAGGAGGUGGAUGGUGAUGACACUGUUGCUCUUCAGAGUGUGCUGGAGAGUGAUACAGUGAGGGAAGCACUCAUCAGGGAGGAGAGGGAGCUGCAUCGGAAGUUGGAUAAUCAUGAGCAGGCGGAUAGUUCAAGGUUGACAGAAAUCUAUGCAAAAUUAUCAGAGAUUGAAGCAGACAAAGCUCCUGCACGUGCUGCUGUUGUGUUGGAUGGUCUUGGUUUUACUCCAGAAAUGCAGAAAAUGACGACAAAAGAGUUUUCUGGUGGAUGGCGAAUGAGAUUAGCAUUGGCUCGAGCUCUGUUUGCAAAACCUGACCUAUUACUACUUGACGAACCGACGAACAUGUUGGAUAUUCGCGCCAUUUUAUGGUUGGAAGAUUAUUUACAGACUUGGAAGAGCACGAUCAUCACAGUUUCUCACGACCGUAGUUUCCUGGAAGCUGUUUGCACCGAUAUCCUUCAUCUUUUUAACAAACAACUGGAGGCUUAUAGAGGAGGGUUUGAGCAGUUCCUCCUCACCAAAGAUGAGAAAAUGAAGAACAAACAGAAGGAGUAUGACGCACAGAAACAAUACAGGGAACAUCUGCAGGUAUUCAUUGAUCGCUUCCGUUACAAUGCAAACCGAGCCCCACAAGUUCAAAGCAAACUCAAAAUCCUUGAAAAACUGCCAAAGUUGACUCCAGUUGAAAAAGAAAAACCAGCCGUCAUGAAUUUCCCAGUACACGACACCAAGUUAUCGGGGACUGUAUUAAGACUUGAUGAGGUUACUUUUCAUUACAAUGAGGGAACAAAUAUAUUUGAAAAUGUUAAUAUCUCGGCUGGUCUUGACUCCAGGAUAUGUAUUGUUGGUGAAAAUGGUUCCGGUAAAACAACGCUGCUGAAAAUUUUGAACGGAGAGAAUGAGCCAUCUAGUGGUGUGCGACACGUGCAUCGUAACCUCAGGAUCGGAUAUUUCUCCCAACAUCACGUGGAUCAACUCGAUCUCUCGCCAACAUCUGUUGAGUUGUUAGCCAGACUUUUUCCAGGUCGUAAUGAAGAGGUGUACAGACAUCAGCUUGGUAGCUAUGGUAUCACAGGAGAUCUGGCUUUAAGAACAAUUAACAGUUUAUCUGGUGGCCAGAAAAGCAGACUUGCAUUUUCACUCAUGUCCAUGCCACAGCCAAACUUUUUAAUACUUGACGAACCUACAAAUCACUUAGAUAUGGAAACUAUAGAAGCUCUUGGUGUUGCAAUAAAUAAAUUUAACGGUGGCGUGAUUCUUGUGUCUCACGACGAGAGACUUAUUUCAAAAGUUUGUCGCGAGUUGUGGUUGUGUGGUGGCAAACAAGUGAAAUCAGUGGAAGGAGGGUUUGACACUUAUCGCAAGCUGCUGGAGGAAGAAUUUAAACGACUCGGAAUUAAUUAACAAAAUUAUUUUUGGGGGGCAAGUCAACAGUUCUGUGUAAUUUAAUUUA